CUCCCAGGGCAAUACAAGACAGAAAAGAAAAGCACUGUCAUUUCCGAACAGCACAGUGCUUGAGUAAACUCAGCAUGAAAAAGGAAGGAGUUGCAGCAUGUUAGAAUUCUUCCUCCACAGCCGGGAUUUUUACAUGAGAAGGAUUUGGAGGGUGUCAAAAAGCAGAGGAUUUUAAAAAAAUACUUUGAAAUGGAGUACUUUGAAAAUGAGCUUCUUAAGGACAACUGAUGUCUGACUGCUAGUAAUACUAAAGGAAUUUUUCAAAAUGAGCAUUGUUAUGAAGCCAAGAUCCCGAUCUACCAGCUCCUUAAGGACUGCCGACGCAAUGUGUUUCGAUGUAGACAAUGGUACAUCAUCAGGACGAAGUCCCUUGGACCCCAUGACAAGUCCUGGGUCAGGACUCAUUCUUCAGGCAAAUUUUGUCCACAGUCAACGUAGGGAGUCUUUCCUUUACCGGUCAGACAGUGAUUAUGAUCUGUCUCCAAAGUCCAUGUCCAGGAAUUCCUCCAUUGCCAGUGAUAUACAUGGAGAUGACUUGAUUGUGACACCAUUUGCUCAGGUUCUGGCCAGCCUGCGUACUGUCCGGAAUAACUUUGCUGCAUUAACCAAUUUACAAGACCGGGCACCCAGCAAAAGAUCACCAAUGUGUAGCCAACCAUCUAUUAACAAAGCAACAAUAACAGGACAGAGAAGAAUUGAGAAGAAUUGUUGAGAACAGUUGAGAAGAAUCAGAAAUGAAAACAGGACUCUUGCCUGUGUCAUUUUUCUCAUUCCUAUUACAAAUGCUGUCCUUUUUCAGAUGAAUAUAGAAAAUAAAACUG